CAGGUAGGUACGUCACCAUACGUCACGUACGUCGACAUAUUCAUACAAAAUACAAAUUUUUAAUUGAUUCAUUCAGUUGUUGGACUCUCUAAUAAAUAGGCUGUUUCGUUAUCUCCUUUUGUUACAAUUUUCAUUUGGAUCAAAGAUUUUAGUGAAAAGUGUCAGUGCCUACUUGUUCAAGUGUAUUUUUGUUUCUCGUAAUAAUAGAAGCUGUUCUCGGAAUCGUAUACAUAUCAUAAAUCGCGAGCCAAAAAAAAGACUGAACUUAGAUAAAAUGAAGUUAUAGCGACAUUCCAAAUUUAAAUGAAGCUGAUUUGAUGGACGGUUGGAGAUGCGCCAUCUUGUGAACCGCCAUCUUGUGAGCGGCCAUUUCGUGUGAAACCAAGAUGGCGGCGCCGGCGGUGGCCCGGCCCGAGUUGGACGAGGCCGAAGAGAAGCUACUGGAGAAGAAUAAGGUUGCUGUUGUUCCCGCGCAAAAGGAUGACGCGGUGCUGUCAGCCAAGUCGUCGAAGAAAGUAAAACUCCCCGAGGAUGGGGGCGGUGCGGUGGGCCGUUUCACGAUCGGGCCGGCGCCGGAGCGAGACUGGGAGAUGGUGCCGCCCGACGGCCGCUGGGGCUGGUGCGUGCUCGUAGGCGCGACUUUAGUGAACAUCCUGAUCCCGGGCACGAUCAAGUCGUUCGGCGUGCUGCUGGUGGAGUUCAACGACGUGUUCGAGUCCACCGCCUCCGCCUCCUCCGGCAUCGUCGCGCUGUGCUACUUCCUGUACAGUAGUCUGGGACCUCUGUCAUCGAUCCUGUCAGUGAAGUGGUCGUACCGGACGGUGACGCUAAUCGGCGGGAGUUUCGCCGCCUUUGGCAUGAUAUUCAGUAGCUGGGCUUUCUCCAUCAGCUAUUUGUAUUUUAGUUUCGGCGCACUGGUAGGCGCGGGGGCGGGGCUGGCGUUCCCGCCCACCGUGUACAUAGUGACGUCAUACUUCGUGCGGCUGCGGGGGCUCGCCAACGGGAUCUGCAUGUCGGGGUCCGCGUUCGGCAGCAUCAUCCUGCCGCCGGUGCUGCGGUACCUGCUAGAGACUUAUGGAUACAAGGGCGCGGUGCUGAUUCUGGGCGGUAUUAUGCUUAACGUAUGGGCGGCGGCGCUGCUCUUCCAGCCGGUGGAGGAGCACAUGGUUAAGAAGUACAAGGAGGUCGAGGAGGACGAGGACAUGCCGCAGGAUGACAUUUUAAUAGAGGAAGAAGAGGAACCAAUAGAGGUUAUAAACAUGGCGCAAGUUGACAAGCCCAACGGCGCAGCCAGCGAGCUGAUCAAGAAGAAUUCGGAGAAGAAUAUACUGAACAAAGUACUUGACAAUCCGAACGCGUCAUCAAACAAUCUUAAACCGACGCUGUCGAAAAGAAAGCUGUCGUAUCCACGACCGAUGGUCAAAUCCACAUUCAGCUCAGCGUCAAUAGCAGUGGACGGACGGGACCAAAAAAAACUUGGAUCCCAGGAGGCCGUCAGUAGAAGACAAAGCGUGGUCACCGGACCCAAACGGAACCUAUCUACCACCAGCUUCGCUUACGUUUCUACCCCAUUCCACGGCUCGACUCUGUCAGCUUUUGACAGACCAAACGAAUUCGCGUCGCAAUUCUCUCUCAAGUCCAUCACAGAAAGCGUAACAGACGUCGCCUACUGCUGCUUCUGCUGCAAGAUGAAGCGGAAGAAAGAGCAGAACAAGUUUUUCGACGUCAGCUUACUAACCGACCCGACGUACUUAGUUAUUCUCAUAUCGAGCAGCACCGUCGCCAUAUCUUGCACAAACUUUAUUAUUCUCCUACCCUCAUACGCGCAAAACGUCGGUUUCGAUAAGAACAAAGGCGCGUUAUUGCUCAGUACGGUGUCAGCGCUCGACCUGGUCGGACGUAUAGGAGGGUCUACCCUCUGCGAUUUAAAUAUAGUGCCGAAGACGUUUUAUUUCGUCGGAGGUCUGCUUUUCUCGGGUAUAACUCUGGCAACUAUACCGUUUUUAGAGUCCUACACAACGAUCAGUAUUUUCUGCGCGUUGUUUGGUCUAGCGUCCGGUGUGAACAAUUCCACGACGACGCUAGUUAUGGCGGAAAUAUUAGGUGUUGAUAGAUUAAUGUCGACUUACGGUAUCAGUUUAUUCGUUAACGGCAUCCUACAGCUGGUGGGACCACCCGUCUGUGGGAUCUGGUUUGAACGAGACCAAAACUACGUCAACAUGUUUUUAACCUUCGGGUUUAUUUUCAUCGGCGGCGCCGCGCUCUGGCUGCUCAUGCCGUUGGAAGCAUUUAUAGAGGAAGAUCCGCACGACAUGGAGUUGGCGAACCCCAGACUGGUGCUAACUGAGGACGCCGCAGCUGACAUCCACUCGAAUGGGUCACCCGCCAUCUUCCACCAAGACGAGAGAUCCCCCAAGAGCGAGUUCGCGCGAUCCGCCAGUUCCGUCCAAGUGGCACUCGAAAAUAGAGUCAGAAAGAUAUCGACGACGGCGUCCAAACACGGCCUCCAGCACAUCUCCAGCAAGAUGUCCAACCAUCUCCCCAGCACCCCAUCUCUACUGGAAUCGGUACCCGAAGGAAAGUCUGGCUGUAUGAACUCAACGGAUGCUUUCGGCAAAAAACUUCUAGUGCCCAAAACGCCCAAGCGAAGCCCGUCCACGUCGAGUUUUCAAUACAUGUCCACCCCCUUCCAUGGUUCUACGUUGUCCGCCUUCGAGAAACCCAGCGAAUUCGCGUCGCAAUUCAGUCUAAAGUCGGUCACGGACAGCUUGGCGCCCAUAUCCUACUGCUGCGGGUGCCGGAAACGGUCGAAAGAGGACGAUUCCAAGAAGGAACCGAGCAAGUAUUUCGAUAUACAGCUGCUAAAGGAUCCCAUUUACUUGGUCAUCCUGAUAUCGAACUGCACAUGCGCCAUUUCGUACACGAACUUUAUAAUUUUAGUCCCGUCCUACGCGCAGGAGUGCGGCUUCGAUAAGACGCGCGGAGCCUAUCUUCUUUCGAUAAUAUCAGCACUAGAUUUGGUGGGAAGGAUAGGCGGGUCGGCGCUAUCCGAUGUGGUUCUAACGCCGAAACGCUACUUCUUCAUCACAGGCUUGCUUCUAUCGGGGGUGAGCUUGGCGGUCAUACCUUUGGUGACAUCGUACGGUGCUAUAAGCGCCUACUGUUCCAUCUUCGGCAUCGCCUCGGGGAUCAACGUGGGAGUGACAGCGCUGGUGAUGACGGAGAUGUUGGGGACGGAGCGGCUGAUGUCCUCCUACGGCAUCAGUUUGUUCAUGAACGGGAUUCUGCAGCUGAUCGGUCCGCCGAUCUGUGGUCUGUGGUUCGAGUACACGCACAGCUACAAGUCGUUGUUCGUAACGCUGGGCUUUAUUCUCAUUUUUGGAGCUGGUUUAUGGGGUUUCGUGCCAAUCAUCCACAAACGAAGAAAAAGCGCUGAAAUUAAUUUAGUGAGUAAAGCGUAGUUGGAGGCGGUUAUGUUAUGUGUAGCACUGUAAAAAACUUAAAUAGUUAUCACGAGAAAUUAUGCGCAUGUUCAAUAAAGUAAUAAAGGCUCUUACAUCUUGGGAGUUGGGACCAGUGGCGGCGCAAGACCUAAAUAUGAGGGAAAAAUAUAUUUUGCGAGGCCCCCUGACGGAUAAUGGAAGAAGACGGAUUUUGUUGAAAGAUUUUUUUGAUACUCGUAAAUCCUAAAAAUACGCGCUGUCCAAGGGGCGCGAGGCCCCUAGGACCGCGAGGCCGUGGGCGGUCGCUCACACCGCCCACGCCUUACGCCGCCUCUGCUUGGGAAAGGUAAGCAACAGGCGUUAGACAGCACACAUUACACAAUGUCUGCUGUCAAACGCCUGUUGCUUACCUGGCUCAAGUCUCAAGAUACAUAACCACCGUGCUCGUUGGAUAUUUGAAAGAUGUAGAUCUGAAUGCGAUGAAGCCUUAAGUCUCCAUAGCUUUAAAGAUUUUGUACUUAAUGCAUUCGAAUAUUAUAUUGUAAAGUGUAAUAUUUAUAUCGACACUUAUUAAAUAUUAUUAUAAGCACAUUAUUUAUAUUGCACAAUUCAUAGUUUUAGUAUCAAUCAUCGUUAUUACUGGUUCAGUCUCGCAUGAAAUGACCAUUGCAACUAUUG